GUGUUAGCUUCCUUAAUUCUAUCUUUCUUAGCUGUGUUUUUAACAAGAAAUAAAAAGUGGAAGUGAUACUAUAGGAGAUGAAGAUUUUUAUUGAUGUUUCUUUUUAUUUUGUUUUAUUUUUACUCUUCUAUAGGGGUUCCUAAAAUUAUUGGAUUCUUGUUUGCGGAUUCUUUAUCUAUUGUUUUGAUUUUACUAAGGUGUUGAAUUUCUUCUUUGAUAAUUUUGAGCAGAGGAGCAAUUUUGUUUAAAAAUUUUAGUAGUGGGGUUUUCUGUAAUUCUGUAAUUAUUUUAAAUCUAAUAAUUAUUUUAGUUUUUAUACAAGAAAAUUUUAUUCUAUUUUAUAUCUUUUUCGAAGGCUCUUUAGUACCUACGCUUUUGUUAAUUUUAAUUUGAGGGUAUCAGCCGGAGCGCCUUCAGGCUGGAAUAUAUAUAGUAAUUUAUACAGUAGCGGGAGCAUUGCCUUUCUUGCUUAAUUUGGUUUUUUUGUUCAAAGCUAAUGGGUCUCUUUCUUUAUUAAUAAAAUGAGGCUUGCCUUUUUUUAUAAGAGAUUUAAUAUUUUUUCUAUGAUGAUUCUUUAUAAUUUUGGUUUUUCUUGUUAAACUUCCUUUAUUUGGGGUUCACUUGUGAUUACCUAAAGCCCAUGUAGAAGCUCCAGUUGCUGGUUCUAUAAUUUUAGCAGCUCUUUUAUUAAAGCUGGGGGGCUACGGCUUAACUCGAAUUGUUAUAAUUUUUCCUAAAAUUAAUAUAACUUUAAGAAGAUCUUUAUUGAUUUUUAGAAUUAUAGGAGGGGUUUUAAGAAGAAUGGUGUGUAUUCGUCAAAUCGAUAUAAAAAGGUUAAUUGCCUAUUCUUCUAUUGGUCAUAUGGGCUUGAUGGCUGGGAGAAUCUUGAGUGGUAGAUUUUGAGGAUUAUCUGGGGGAGUAAUAAUAAUGGUUGGUCAUGCUUUUUCUUCGUCGGGCCUUUUUUUCAUAGCCAAUAUUUUUUAUAAUAAAAGAGGAUCUCGAAGAAUCCUAAUUUGUAAAGGAUUUAUUUGUAUUUUACCGAUUUUAAGACUAUCUUUAUUUCUAUUAUGUUCUGCUAAUAUAGCUGCUCCGCCUUCGUUAAACUUAUUGAGAGAAAUUAUAAUAAUUAUUAGGAUUUUAAAAGUAUCUCCUUUUCUUUUCUUUCCUUUAGCAAUCCUAAGAUUUUUAGUAGCUGUUUAUAGUUUAUUUUUGUACACUAACACUCAGCACGGACAGUUCUCAAGUUUUAUUAACCCUUUCAAUGGGGUAGGGAUUUUAACUUAUUUAGUUAUCUUUAUACAUUGAAUUCCUGUUCAAUUAACUUUAUUAAUCGGAGGAUUAUUUUUUU